AUGUCAAUCCCACGCGCAAUUCGACAGGCUUUCCUUGCCAUUGAACAGUCAGAGGGAGCCGGCGCACGAGUUCGCAGGUCGAUUGGAACGGCAAGGCUUCGCAAUUUCAGCCCAUUUCUAAUGCUUGAUCAUUUCACAAUUGGGAAAGGGGCUGGGUUUCCGGAUCAUCCCCAUCGCGGCCAAGAAACAAUCACAUAUCUGCUUUCAGGAGGCGUCGACCACGAGGAUUUCGCGGGGCACAAGGGUACUAUUGGCCCAGGCGAUCUGCAAUUUAUGACUGCAGGCCGAGGGAUUAUCCACGCAGAAAUGCCACAUGAGAAUCCAGAUGGAAGUCCUAAUAUUGGCAUGCAGCUGUGGGUUGAUUUACCAGAGAAUCUCAAAAUGUGCGAGCCCAGAUAUCGCGACCUUCGUGCCUCUGAAAUUCCUAGUGUUACAGCAGAUGAAGGCAAGGCAGUCAUCAAGGUCAUAUCAGGUCAGUCGCAUGGCGUAGAUUCCAUCCGUGAUCUCGCUUAUACGCCAGUCUGGAUUUUCGACAUAAUACUCAGGCCAGGAGGGAAAGUUACGCAAGGGUUACCCAAAGGGUGGAAUGCCUUCGCAUAUACACUUUCUGGAACAACAACAUUUGGGGAUAAUUCUGCGGAAUUGUCAACUUCACUGGAGCAAUCCAAGACCGUCGCUCCGUUUCACAACGUCGUUUUUGAAAAGCAGGGGGAGGUGGUCAAUGCCUUCAACUCUCCGGACGCCAAAGAGGACUCGCGUUUCAUAUUGAUUGCUGGACAGCCACUGGAUCAAAAGGUUGUCCAGUAUGGGCCGUUUGUAUUAAAUUCUCAAGAAGCAGUACACCAAGCCAUGAUGGAUUAUCAGACCUCAUCGAAUGGAUUUGAAAGAGCUAGAGGUUGGGAGAGUGAGAUUGGGAAGAAAAUGGGACAAAAUAUUUGA